AUGUGUAAAAUAUCCGGUCAACGUUUUUAUCAUGUUUUAUUUAGCCUCAUAAAAAGUUCACGUAUUAAAUAACUAUUUUUUGAAAGUUCAUGUAUCAAACGACAUUUUUCUCAAAAAAUUUACGGGAUAGCUGUGAAAUUGGGGAGUGAGCGAGAGCCCCGCCUUUGAGUUUCUUCUUUUGGCACCAAAAUUUUUGAAAUCCCCAAAUUUUAGGUUUUCGAAUUUCUCUCAAAAGCUCUGAAAUUUAGUUUUUUUUUUUUUUGGUUUACCCUUUGAUUCGAUUCUCCUUUAUCACUCCCAUCAGCUUUCUCCUUUAUUCACCACUGUUUCAGUUAGUCGUCGUCUCCACAUGGCGACUGAAACCCUAGAAUUGAAAACACCACAACUAGCAGAUACUGUUGCUGUUACCGAGAAGGACACAGAGACGAAGAAGAAGGAUGAAGUAGAGAAAGAUGAGGCCAUGGAGGAGAAAGGAGAAGAAAUUGAUGGAGAAAAAGUUAAAUCGCCGGUGACUCCAGUCAGUGAGAGACCUAUAAGGGAGAGGAAGAGGACUGGCCGUUACGUUAUAGAUACUCCUCCUCGAUCCUCCGGGAACAAGCCUCUGUCAAUUACACAGGGUCGUGGAACACGGCUUAAGGAAAUUCCAAAUGUUGCUUAUAAACUGUCCAAGAGAAAACCUGAUGACAACCUCUUCUUACUUCACACCAUUCUUUACGGCAAAAAAGCAAAGGCACAGAUGCUAAAGAAAAACAUUGGUCAGUUUUCGGGUUUUGUAUGGUCAGAGCAAGAGGAGGAGAAGCAAAGAGCAAAAGCUAAAGAGAAGCUUGAUAAAUGUAUCAAAGAAAAGUUGAUUGAUUUCUGUGAUGUGCUUGAUAUACCAGUAAACAAAAGUACUGUGAAAAAGGAAGAACUGGCUGUAAGAGUGCUUGAAUUUUUGGUAUGUCCCAAAGCAACAAGGGAUAUUCUACUUGCUGAUAGUGAAAAGGAAACUAAAAAGCGCAAGAAGAGCACAUCGAAGAACGUGACCUCUGGAGAAUCAUCACAUGUCCCAGCUAAGAGGAGAAGGCAGGCGAAGAAACAAGAACAGCCAACUGAGACUGAAGGAAAUGGUGAGUCUGAUGUUGGUUCCGAAGGAACAAAUGACUCUAAUGGAGAAGAUGAUGUAGCUCCAGAGGAAGAAAACAACAAAAGUGAAGAUACUGAAACUGAAGAUGAGAAAGAUAAAGCCAAGGAGAAGACUAAGUCAACCGAUAAGAAACGCUUGUCAAAAAGGACUAAGAAGGAGAAACCAGCAGCUGAAGAGGAGAAAUCUAUUAAAGGUUCUGCAAAAUCUAGUCGAAAGUCCUUCAGACAAGUCGAUAAAUCAACUACAUCAUCAAGCAAGAAGCAAAAGGUUGAUAAAGACGAUUCCUCUAAAGAGAAAGGCAAGACACAGACAAGUAAACCACAGGCAAAAGGAUCCAAAGAUCAAGGACAAUCCCGAAAGAAAGGUAAAAAAGAACCCACAAGAAAAGAACUGCAUGUAGUGGUGACCAAAAUUCUGAAGGAAGUAGACUUCAAUACGGCAACUCUAUCUGAUAUUCUACGGAAGCUUGGGAGCCAUUUUGGAAUUGAUCUUAUGCAUAGAAAAGCAGAGGUGAAGGAUAUCAUUACAGAUGCCAUUAACGAAAUGAGUGAUGAUGAUGAUGAGAAAGAGGAAGACACAGAGGAUGAAGGUGAGAAAGAGGGAAAGGACUAGUUUUGUCUUUCUUCUCUUUCCUACAAUAAGAAAAAGAAAACAUAACCGAAGAGACGGUUUAACUUAACCUUCCAUGUGUGAAUCAUAGGAUUGUUUGUAUGUUUGGUGUAAUGUGUAAUCUGUUAGGCUCAUGUAGUAUCAGGUAAUGUGGUUGGAUACUUUCUGGAUUAGAAUUAAUUUGAGAUGUAUUUGUAAGGACUUGCAAUCUUUCUUCACUUUAGCAGCACACAAGUGACAUGGAUAAAUAUUGUUGUGUUUCAAAAGAGGAAAAGAAGGGUCGUCCAAGAGAUCAGCUCCAAGUCGAUCAGAGAGCCAAUAAUUCCUCUCAAGACACGCCCACGAAUGAAUUCACAAGUAAUCUCUCGUGUUAUGG